GAAUCCAGCGCACAAGUUCAGUGGGGCUGAAGUUAUCCAUCAGUAAAAAAAAAACAAAAAACAUUUGGUCUUCGAAAAGAGGAGACUUCGGAGAGGGAGGAAGAAUCAAAAACAGGAUCUAUCCCAGUCAGUGGUUGUGUGUGUUACCUCCCAGUGAUCUGUGGUCCUCUCCCAGCCCUGAAGAAUGAGUCUGAGCACCAGUGAGCUGGAGGACCUGUGGGAGUCGUUGGGGAACCUCAACUUCUCCGAAACCUUUAGCAACAUAUCAAGUGUGGAUGCAAUGGUGUGUGCCACGACGUUCAACCGCAGCGCUCUGCUCUACUCCAUGUGUGUCCUCUACACUUUUAUCUUCAUCGUCGGUCUGGCUGCUAACGCUCUGGUCCUCUGGGUCAACAUCCGUGCGCAAAGAGACUCCACCCCCCGCCAUGAGACACACACAUACAUCGCCCAUCUGGCAGUUGCAGAUCUGUGUGUGUGUGCCACUCUGCCCGUGUGGUUGAGCUCGCUGGCCCAGUAUGGCCACUGGCCUUUCGGUGAAGUGGCGUGUAAACUCACACACCUGCUGUUCUCCGUCAACCUCUUCAGCAGCAUCUUCUUCCUGGCCUGCAUGAGCGUGGACCGCUACCUGAGUGUGACGCAGCCCGGAGACAACGAGGGAGGCAGGAAGCUGAUCCGUCGGGCAGCGUGUGUAGGCGUGUGGCUUCUGGCUCUGGUGGCUUCCUUGCCAGACACCUAUUUCCUGCGCACUGUGAAGUCAACACAUGGGGACACCAUACUUUGCAGGCCUGUGUACCCAGAGGAAAACCCCAGGGAGUGGAUGGUGGGAGUGCAGCUGAGCUUCAUCCUGCUGGGCUUUGUUCUCCCCUUUCCUGUCAUUGCAGUGUUUUACGCCCUGCUAGCCAGAGCUUUCACCCGCUCCUCUACUUCUUCAUCAUUUUCCACAGUAGAGCAGGAGCGUCGUGUGAGCCGCAGGAUGAUCUUGGCCUACAUUGUUGUGUUCCUGGGCUGCUGGGGGCCCUACCAUGCCGUCCUCCUGGCUGAUGCCCUGUCCCAGCUGGGCCUGGUGCCUCUGACCUGUGGCCUGGAGAAUAUGAUUUACGUGGCCUUACACCUCACCCAGUGCCUGUCUUUGCUCCACUGCUGUUUCAACCCCAUCCUCUACAACUUCAUCAACAGAAACUAUCGCUAUGACCUCAUGAAGGCCUUCAUCUUUAAAUAUUCCACGAGGACGGGCUUAGCGCGCCUCAUCGAGGCUUCAAACAUGUCUGAGACUGAGUACUCUGCUGUAGCCGUAGAAAACCCACCACAGAUCUGAAACUUACAAAACCCAAUGAGCAUUUCUUGAACACUGUUUCUAAAUCUGACAGUAAUGCAAUGUAAACUAAUGUUACUUCUGAUUUGUUCUUAUCAAAAUCUGUCCACUAUCAGCAUUAUUUUUGACAUUAGAUGACAGAGAAAAGAGAAAAAGCCAAUUCAGAAUCCUUUUUAUAGAAAUCUGCAUGAGUCCUGUAGAAAAACCUGAAGACAGGCUAAUAUCAACUUCGAUGGACUGAUUGAAAGCACUUAGAAGGCAGUUUAAUUAUAUACAGCUAAUACUGAAAUCAUAUGAAUAUUGUCACUCAUUUGUAAAACAGUGACUGUAAAUGUGUAAAAUCAUUCCCUUUACUGUGUUUAUAGGAUUGUAUUGUAUAUGAGUUUGUGCAUGUGGCGUGCAUAAUCGGUCAGGCAUUGAAUAUGGAUAGUAUCAGCAGAGUAAUAUUGUUAAUCUUUUUGUACCAAGUUGUAUUUAUAUACUUUAGAACUGUUUUGCCUUUUUUCACUUUGUAAUGGAAAGUCUUCACACACUGAUGUCUGCUCAGUGCUUCACUUCAUGCAAUGCCGCCUCAUCAUUUUAGCCGAGCCACUCACUGGCUCACUGUUGUAGUCCUGCUGUGUCAUUAUUAAUCGUAACCUCAUGUUGCAUCAUCUGAAUCCUUUAGAAAAAUAAUAUAAAUCAAUUUUUUAGUUGUUCCAUGCGUGUUCUGUGCACCAUGGCACCAUUUUUGCAAUACACUGCGUUUUUACAGAGAGUGAAAUGAGAAAUUAAUACCACUCUAAUCUCUGGAAAAAUCCACCUCACAGCAUUUCUAAUUUACAGGCUUCAACUGGGACUACUGAACUUAAAGAGCAUAUACACGUAGCUCCCAUCUUUUCUGAAAUGUACUAUAUUGUGUAAGUUAUUGCGCUGUCUCUUUGCUUUGAAUUCAGUGCUAAUAGUACAAAGGAUACACAUGUCCAAGUAUGUGUCAGCAAACAGGCCACAGGUGGCUAAAACUUUUACGACCAAAUAACAUGAAUUAAUAGCUUAACUGCUCUCAUGUGGGCGUCAGCUGUGGUGUUCAAAAACCAAGUGUUUAUUCAGGACCAAAUAACAAAUAAAAUCACUUCAAUACUUUAGAGUUGUGUGUGUGUGUGUGUGUGUGUGUGUGUGUGUGUGUGUGUGUGUGUGCGCGACAUAACGUGAGACCUAGAGAUGACAUUUUAUGUGUCAUAAACAUUGUGUUAUAAGGUUUACUUACUGUUUAUUGUAGGAAACAACAUAUUCUUUUGAAUUUCUGACAUAGAGCACAUUGUGUCAUGUCAUCGGUUACACAUGGACGCUUUUACGUUGAAAAGAUUUCAUGUUGCGAUUAGAGAAACUGGAGACAAGUACAGAGCCAUUCCUUUGGUGGGC